CGCGAAACAAUCGCCUUCUCAGUGCCCAUUCACCUUUGUGCCAUACAGCCCAUGCUAUAGUGCUCAACAUGUCCACACUCAGCCAUCACCCGUACGCGUUCUCGAUGCACCCGGGCAUGCUCCCGGAGUACCCGAGCGCUCCACAGCCGCUGCCGGCCUCGUCGCCACAGUCGGAAGGCCACAUCAAGCGACCGAUGAACGCUUUCAUGGUCUGGUCGAGACUGCAGCGCCGACAGAUCGCAAAGGACAACCCCAAGAUGCACAACUCAGAAAUUUCUAAACGGCUAGGAGCCGAGUGGAAGCUGUUGACGGAGAUGCAGAAGAGACCGUUUAUCGAUGAAGCGAAACGUCUGCGCGCUCUACACAUGAAGGAGCACCCUGACUACAAAUACAGGCCGCGCAGGAAGCCAAAACCGCCAACACCCGGCGGCGCACCCGGCGCUGGCGCAUUCCCGAGCUUUCCUUUGCCUUACUUCGCGGGACCAGCUCCGUCCGUUGGCCAUCUCGAUGCGCUAUCUUACUCCGCAGUGCCACCGUACUUCCCACAUCAAUUGGACCACCUACAGUUCUCAAAAUUGAUGGCACCGUCCGCCGAGAAGAUGCCGACGGCGUCGUCAGCGGCGGCCGUGGUGUCGUCGUUCUACUCGUCGCUGUACACGACGCCGACGGGCCCGCCGAAGCCGUUCUCGUCCCCGCUGUUCCCGCAGUAUGGCGCGCCGGGCUCGCCCGUGUCGCCCGCCACGCCGACGCAGCACAGCCCGCACGACGACCAGCUGCGGCGGCCCGUGUCCGUGAUCUAUUGAAGGCCGGUGCACCUUCCCUGAACCGAGUGUCAUCAGUGAAGCGAUAGACUAUUCGAGAACACUAUUUAUUGUUUUCUAGUUAAGCUUAGUUCAAGUGCGACUCAUAUCAAGUGUUGUAAAUACGUUGGAAUCGUAGCCCCGUUAGAGGUAACGGUUUUAUUUAUGUAGCUGUGAUUUUUGUUUCGACGCAUUCGUACGUAGAUUAGUAACAGUUUCGUCAGCUCAGUGAGAUCGGUACCAAAAAGAGAUUAAUCUUGUAGGUGUCUAUAGUGAGCCUUAAGACUGACGACGCCCGAGUUUCUUGUCACUCUAGCAUUCCUUUGUUAAGUUUUAUUGUUUUAAGAUCUUCAGUGGGGUCUAAUGGAUAAGCUGUACAUUAUUUAUUGAGACCAGUUUAAUUGUGAAGAAUUUAUUUGUAUAAUAGUUGAUUGUAUAAGUGAAUACCGUCUGUAAAUAUUAGUGUUAAAUCUAAAUCGAUGUCAUUACCAACGAUGUAUUAUAGAGUAAAAACUUUGUUAACGCCAUAAAAUAAACUAAAUUGUUUUUAUUUUA